GAUAUUUGACCAUUCGACUUCAGAAAAACUUCAAUAGGCCUACUCUGCAAAUCUGCAAUUGACCGAAUUUAACCUUCCUAAUCUUUCAAUAAAAAAUAGUAACUUUUUGGUAAUUUAGAAUGUCUGAAACCCCUGAUAGGACAUUCCUGCAGAGAAAACAAGAUUUGAAAAAUGCACUUCGACAGGAAUAUUGGAAAAAGAUCACUGAACCAAUUGAUAGGCAUCCUGGAGCUUAUCUGAUGGACCCUGGUUUACAACGUUACACUGCUGUUCAACCAACCAGGUACCAAUACUUCAAACCAACACUUUACUCGGGCGUGAUGUACAUCUGUGUAAUGGUGAUUCCAUUUGCUGGCACCAUGUGGUAUUUCAAAACAUCAAGGGAUGCUAGAGAGAAGGCUAUCCGUACCGGUCAAGUGGCUUAUGCUGAUCGACCGUGUAAAUUUGUUUAAAAAUCUUGAUAUUUCUUGAAGCUAGUUGAAGUAAUAUAAUUGUUUCUAAAAAACCAUUGUUAAAUAAAUAUUAUUUAAACAUUAA